UAUAGUGAAUAAAGUUUAAUGUUCUGUUAUCAAGGAACCGAGUGAAUUAAAAAAUGUCUAAAAGUUUAGGCGCAAGUGAAGAGAAUUUAAUUCAAGCGAGUGAUAAAGAAAAAGAAGGAAAUUUAUCUUUUUUCGAUAAUACCAUCGAUGAAAGUGAAAAUGAUUCAACUGUGGUCGAAUCCAAUCUUCCUGAAAAAAAGACAAUGAUUGGUAGGAAAUCAUUGAUAUCUGAUAACUUACCGUCAGAUGAAAGUGAAAAUAUGGCAAAAGUGAAUAAAAGUUUCAUGGAAAUUGAAGUGAAACGUGAUAAGCUUCGAUGGCUUUAUAUGUCGGAAUUAGGGGCAAUAUUUGGUGAAGACAAACAUACAAGAGAAGGAUUUAUGAAAACAUUUGGAAGUAGAGAAACUCUCUAUUACAUUUUUAAACUGUUCGAUGUUGAUGCUAAUGAAAGCUUGAAACAAGAUCAAUGGAUUGAGAACAUAAAAGGAAGGUUUACUGAUGAACGCCAAAUGGAUUUUGCUGAGCAAUUGGAAUCUGUUGCUUACGUGAUUUGUGGGGAGAAUACUGUAACGUUUGAUUCGUUUGUGCAAAUAUGGAAUGCCAAGGGAAUAAUUGACAAAUUCUACCGGCUUCUAGAUGGAGAAGGCACUAACGUUAUAUCAACGACACAAAUAAUUGAAUGCAUUUCCAAUAUGACAAACACGAGAACCAAGAGCGGUUUUGAUAAGACUUCCCUCGAAAGAUUAGAACAACUCUUUAAGAAAACUGUCGGCGACGGAAAAGAAAUCAAACGUGAAGAUUUUAAAAAAAUUGUCAUCUCCAAAAAUCCUUUCUUCAAUGAGCGUGUUUUUCAAAUAUUCGACAAGGAUAAUUCUGGAACGAUUUCAUUACAAGAGUUUAUUGAUGCAAUGCAUCAGUUUUCGGGAGAAUCUUCUGAAAAUAAAAUAAAAUUUCUGUUUAAAGUUUAUGAUCUUGAUGGCGAUGGCUUAAUUCAACAUGAAGAACUCCAACAUGUUAUGCGAGCUUGCAUGCAUGAAAAUGGAAUGAAGUUUUCAGAUACUCAGAUUGAUGAUCUUACCAGAGCUAUGUUUGAUGACGCAGAUCCAGAUCAACGGGGAGCAAUCACUUACGAAGCAUUAACCAACCAACUGACUAAACAUGGAGGAUUAUUAGAAAAUUUAAGUAUCAGUAUUGACCGAUGGCUUGUACCAAUGCAACAGGAAAUCCAAAGUGUUCAUGAUCACAGUACUCACCGAUUGCCACAUCAAUUGUCAACACCUUACAUUAAAAAUAAUUCAAUAUACUUAAUUUUCGUAGCGAUCUUCAUGCUCAUUAAUUUGAUUUUAUUCAUCUCAAGAGCAAUUCAAUACAGAAAAAGUAAUUUCUUGGUGAUCUUUGCAAGAGCUUGUGGACAAUGUCUCAACUUUAAUUGUGCUUUUGUGCUUGUUUUGAUGUUGCGUCAAAGUUUGACAUUCUUGAGAACCAGAGGACUUUGUGCUAUUCUGCCGCUAGAUGAACAUAUUUACUUACAUAAAAUGACUGGAUGGCUGAUUGUGUUCUUUGGAAUUUGGCAUACAUUCAUGCAUAUCAUUAAUUUCGCAUUCUUUGUUGUCAACGAUCCUAUAAUUAAUGCUAACAAUUUCACCGUUGCUGAAUUCUAUUUCACGCCUAGACCGGGUCUCUUUGGACUUAUUAGUGGAUGGGCUAAUCCUACUGGGUUUCUUCUUAUAAUUAUUCUUAUGAUUAUGUUCAUUUGUUCUCUUCCAUUUGUUCGUCGUGGUGGCAGUUUUGAAGUAUUUUAUUGGACGCAUUUGCUUUACGUUCCAUUUUGGGUUCUGGUAACUAUUCAUGGGCCAAACUUUUGGAAAUGGUUCAUUCUUCCUGGCCUUAUCUUUGCUAUUGAACGAAUUCUAAGAUUUGUUUGGAUGAGAUCAAAUCGUGGAAAGUCUUAUGUGUCAUCGGGAAUUUUAUUGCCAUCAAAAGUCAUCCAUUUAGUUAUCAAACGACCAUUUCAUUUUUGCUUUAGACCCGGGGAUUAUGUUUUCAUUAAUAUUCCGAAAAUUGCAAAAUAUGAAUGGCAUCCGUUUACUUUAAGUAGUGCUCCAGAAGAUGAAGAUCAUAUCGGGUUGCAUAUCCGUGCUGUCGGUGAGUGGACAAAUCGUCUCUUGGACUUCUUUGAGAAGGAACAGAAACGUUUACAUGAUGGAGAAGUGCCAGCUUAUGAAGCACAAAUGGAACAUGAAGCAGAAGAAGAAGCGAAGAAAGCUGGCAUUGAAGCUCAUGCUAUGACAACAGAAAUAAAUAAAAUUGAUGAGAAAUCUGAACCACCUACGAUGUUGAAGCACAACAUGAUUCUAGCGAUACAAGAAGAAGAAAUGAUGAACAUUCCAGCAAGGAAGAAAGCGAUGUCAAUGCCCGAUAUUGAACAUAAAUUAAAAUAUAGCGAAAAGAUGAGAAUAUUACGAGAUAAUGCGCGAUCGGAAUCAACAAAAUCAUUCGACAAUAGAACAAUGAAUAUGGCAAUUAUGAAAAGUUUAAAUCUUGCAUAUAACAGUCCACAAAACAAAGGAAUUGCACAAAGCUUCCGGUAUAUGAGAAACAAACCAACAAUCAUUGCAUUCAAAACUCCCAGCCUUGAGUCAUAUGAGAAUAACAUGCCUCUGAAAAAUAUUGAAGAAGAAGACGUUAAGGAAGAAACUUCAGAUGAAUCAAAAGAAGCUGAGGAAGGAAAUGUUGAACCAGCGAUGAAUUUUCCUGUGGGAAAACCUCUUGAGAUCUUCAUUGAUGGUCCCUAUGGAGCUCCUUCAAGUCAUAUCUUUAGAGCACAACAUGCUGUUUUAAUUGGAACAGGGAUUGGAGUGACUCCUUUUGCUUCGAUUCUCCAAUCAAUCAUGCACAGAUAUUGGAAGGCUCGUCAUGUCUGUCCAAGAUGUGAUUACAAAUGGACAUCAAAUAUUCCACCAGCUGUCAUGAACUUACGUAAAGUUGACUUUUUCUGGAUAAAUCGUGAUCAACGGUCAUUUGAGUGGUUUGUUAAUUUGCUAUCGCAAUUAGAAAUCGAACAAGCAGAAAUGGGCAGCGCCAUGGAGCGAUUCUUGGAUAUGCAUAUGUACAUAACAUCAGCUCUACAGAGAACUGACAUGAAAGCAGUCAGUCUACAACUGGCUUUGGAUUUAUUGCAUGAAAAAGAAAAGCGCGACUUAAUUACUGGACUCAAAACGCGCACGACUGCGGGUCGACCAAACUGGGACAAAGUAUUUAAGAAGAUACAAGAUCAAAAGAAAGGAAAAGUUACAGUCUUCUACUGCGGUCCACCACAAUUAGCUAAAACUCUUCGUUACAAAUGUGAACAAUUUGGCUUCAUGUUUAGAAAAGAAAUCUUUUAAGUUUUCAUUUAGCCAUCAUACUUAGAUAAACAUUUUUCCAUCUUUCUUUCUAUCUUCUUCAUUUUGAAUUCCAUCAAAUUAACAAAAGAAAAUCACUUAGAUACUAAUAAUUUAUUUAUUUAUAAAUUUAAACACAAGCAAAAAAAGCUUUUCUUGAAGUAUUCUCUUAACAGGUUUAAAUACAAAAUUGCCCAUUUGUGUUUGACUGAAAAAGAUUAUUUUGAGAAAUUCAAUAUGACACUUUGGAUGUGAUGUGACAUUUGAGAGUAGAGAAAAGUCAUUUGAAAACAGCUUUCAUAAAUAAUAACAACGAUGCUUAGAUGUAUCCUUUAUUAACUUACUUUCUCUUUAUUAAAUUAUCAACUUAAAUCAUUCCACAUUUCUUCAACAUGUUUUUCUUUUUCGAUGACUUUUUCAAAGGUCUUGUUAAGAUAAUUGUUCCAUUAGAUUUUGAAUGAAAUGUCGGACUAAACUGACUUAUGGUAGGGGUACUUAAAGGUAAUACGGUAUUGUAUUGUUCUUUAAUCAUUUCAUGACAAUUAGUUGCUAAAUAUCGGAAAACUCCCGCCACAUUCAAGUCUUCCUUCACAGACGUACGAAACAAACGAACUCCAAGGCUUUUGGCUAAGGCUUCAGAUUCUUCACUAUUUUAAUGAAAGAUAAUUUAUGAAAUAGAGAUAAUUAAUCAUUUUCAUCUCCUUACAAUGUAACCAUAGCUUGAUCCAUUAAGUCAAUUUUAUUUUGGACUAAAACUGUUGGAAUUUCACCACACUCGUUCUCAACUUUCUUUUUCCAAUCUUUGACUGCUUCAAAUGAACAGCGAUCAGUUGUACUAAAUGUUAACACACAAGCUUGAGCUCCUCGAUAAUAUGCUUUGGUUAUUGCGUCGAAUUCUUCCUGUCCAGCAGUAUCCCAUAGCAUAACACGAACAUCUUCUCCGUCGAUACUGAAAUAUUCAAUAAUCAAAAUGUGAAAUCGUUUAGACAAUAAAAUAUUAUCAAACAAACUCUAUCAUUCGUUCUAGGAAAUCAACGCCAAUUGUCUUUUUAUAGUCCCUUGUGUAGAUUCCUUUGCAAUAUCUUUGUAUCAUGCUGCUUUUCCCCACACCGCCAUUUCCCACCUGAAAGGUGAUAAUUGUGUUUUGCAUUUUAUUGGACCAAGAGAAAUUAAUAUAAAUGAACUCACUAUGACAACUUUUAUGGCAAUUUCCAACUCUUCUUCUCUCAUAAUCAUUAUUUAAGUUUCUUGUUGUUUUUUAUCACGUUCCACUAAUCUGAGUUUGUUGAGUUUAUCUCGUCGAUUUAUUCAUAAGUUUGAUCAUCGUGUUUGAUAGAUUCAAAAAAGCAACAGCAGGUUAGCCAAGCGGAACCUAAAGGCGAGAAGAAAUCGAAAAGAAAUUCGAUUAGCGUGUAACUUUGUUACAUAAUUUUAUUCUAUGAUCGUUGAGAAUGUGAAGAAAUUAUUUAAUGAAUAUCUAAGACGAUCGAAUAGAAAGUCAUUACGCAACUCCAUGUUUAAGUAUCAAGAUCGGAUUUGUCUGAUUUUGCAUUCUGCCGUUUUAAAUAUUUAAUUCCUCUUACUAUCUUCCACUUUAUUCUUUCCGUCAUUUCAUUUCUUUUCUUAUUCGAACACUCUGAUUUCUCAAUCAAUUAAUUUGGAUUCGAGAAAAAGAAAGCAACCGAACAGAAACUGUAGACGUUAAAACAUGAAAUAACCAUUCAUUUUAUAAGUUAAUGGCACCAAGUUCAAUAGCGGAUGAUUAGUAAAGAAGAAAGAUAUGUAUUCACAUUGGCAGAGAAAAAUGUAAUUAAUAUGAAGCAGCGAAAAAGUUUCUUACACAGUCAAGUGUAUUAUUAAAUAUCAAAAGCGCACCCGUCAUGUCUGUGCCUCUCAUAAAAAAGCGAAAAAACAAUUUUCAAAGUUGAAUGUUAAAUAUUAAUUAGAAUUUGACUGAACACUGACAUUGUUGAAGACAAAAAGUUGAUCAAUUUUAUGAUUGUAAAUUUUUCUCUUAAAUUGCAAGUAAAAUAUCUGAGAAUUAAAUUACGGGCUAUCGUCAAAUGAGAGUUACUGCAACUGUUAAUGUCGAGACAUUCUUUAAUCUACCACUAUAAAAACUCAAAAUAUUGGGUGUGAAUUCAAUAUAAUAACGGAGGUUUUAAGAGGGAAAGAGACAGUUAGCUAUGAAAUCAAAUAACUUUGCCUUAAAAAUGUCGAUUAAACAAAAAGUCAUCUUCAGUUUAUCAUGAAAAACUGUUAAAAACUUUCAAAAAUAAGGGAAGAGGUGUGUAAGAAAUCAGAUUCUUUUACUAGGUCAACGAUGGAAACGGCACAAUAACAUUGGAAGCCUUUAAGGUAUUCGAUAACCAGAUUGGAGACGGGCGAAAUGGAAAUGCAAUCUGUACCGGUUCUAUUUACGCUCAUUUCUUUAUUUAUGUAAGAAUCAAGUGAAACUAAAGGCAAAUCUAUUAUUAAGUUACUAUUAAAUAAUAUCUGGAAGAAGUGUUUGUAGUUUUUGUUUAAUUGGUUUGUUUGUUAAAACACUCCUUUGAGAAGGUUAAUAAACUUAAAGUAAACAAAGUAAAAGUUCAAUCAGUG